CUGUCUGCUAGUUAGUGUUGCCUGUUGUUGCAUCACCUCAUACCUCCCUCCGUACAUGGCAGAUAGUCUUUGUGCUACCGGAGAGAGAGAGAGAGAAAGGGGGAACUCCGUAGCCAUGCAGUGUGAACCUUUUGCACCUGGUAUUCCAUUUCUGUCAUCAGUAACAAGAGCCACCAUGGAAAUCGAGGCACCGACAGCAUCGAUGGAUCCCAAGUUAAAGGACGGUCUAGUCGUCCGUGCUGGCGAAACGUUUGUAAUCGGAGCGGAUAUUCUGGGGACGCCACUCCCCAGAGUCAAGUGGUUAAAAGACGGGAAAGAAAUUGAUAAAACUUCCCCGAGAAUGGAGGUCGUAAAAACGUUUGAACGCACCGUUCUAACAGUUCUAGAUUGCAUCAGAAUAGAUGGUGGACAGUUCGUCCUGAGUCUCAGCAAUGUGGCUGGAAAGAAAGACAUACCUGUCAAUGUUAAAGUUCUCGAUAGACCUGGUCCACCUGACGGUCCAAUGAAGAUAACCGGUGUGACUGCAGAGAAAGCCACGCUUCACUGGAGUCAUCCGUUACAAGAUGGCGGUGCCAGUGUUUCCCAUUACAUCAUUGAAAAAAGGGUAACCAACCGCGUGUCAUGGACUGUAGUCGAACCGGAAACCCAAGCAGUCAGCUACAAAGUGACUAAACUUGUACCUGGCACUGAGUACAUCUUCAGAGUUAAAGCGGUGAAUAGGUUUGGCACUGGUGAACCUCUUGAAUCAGACCCGGUUACUGCAUGUUGUCCGUUCAAGCCGCCCAGCGCUCCUUCCACACCUGAAGCAAGUGCUAUAACAAGCGACUCAAUGGUCCUUACAUGGAAUCGACCAGAAAACGACGGUGGUUCAGAAAUAGAUGGCUAUAUCGUUGAAAAACGUGAUAAAGACGGUGUUAGAUGGACAAAGUGUAACAAGAGAAGACUUAACGAUAUCCGGUUCAGAUGCACCGGACUCACCGAGGGACAUUCCUAUGAGUUCAGAGUAUCUGCUGAGAAUUCUGCUGGUCUCGGAGUGCCAAGUGAGCCAACAGGAUAUAUCAAAGCUUGUGACCCUUUAUAUCCACCAGGUCCUCCUUACAACCCUAGAGUGACAGACCAUUCAACCACAACCGUGUCUAUCUCAUGGACGAAACCCAUCUAUGAUGGUGGAGCAGCCAUCAAAGGAUACGUUGUUGAGAUGAAGGAAGUAACGGAGGAAGAGUGGACAACCUGUACACCACCAACUGGUGUAGAAGAAACACACUUCACGGUGAAAACACUGAAGGAAAAUCGAGAAUAUAACUUCCACAUCUGUGCGAUUAACACUGAAGGAGUUGGGGAACCAGCUGAUGUCCCAGGGACUGUAGUUACAUCCGAAAGACUUGAGGCCCCUGAGAUUGAACUAGAUUCAGACCUUAGGAAAAUGGUGUCAGUUCGGGCGUGUUCAACACUACGUCUGUUUGUCCCAUUCAGUGGAAGACCUGAACCUGUAGUCAAGUGGUCCAAGAUGGAAGGACCUCUUACUGAGCGUGCACACAUUGAGGUCACAAGCACCUACACAGUCCUUGUCAUCCACACUGUCAACAGACUCGACACUGGCAAGUAUGCUUUGACUCUUGAGAACGUCGGCGGUAUGAAGUCUGCUUUCAUUAACGUCACAGUGUUGGAUUCACCAAGUGCCCCUGAGCACUUUGAAGUCAAGGACAUCACCAGAGAUUCUGUAUCACUAUCCUGGGAGCCUCCACUGAUUGACGGCGGAGCUGAGAUCACACAUUACAUCGUGGAGAAAAGAGAAGCUCAAAGACGGGCUUUUACCAGUGUUUCAGAUAACUGUGGAAGAAAUAGAAUGAAGAUCGACAACCUUAUAGAAGGGGGACUUUACUAUUUCCGUGUACUAGCUGUUAAUGAGCUCGGUGUGGGUUUGCCAGCAGAAACACCAGAACCAAUCAAGGUAUCACAAGCUCCUUUGCCUCCUGGUAAAGUUACCGUUGUAGAUGUUACUCACGACAGCGUGAGUCUGUCAUGGGAAAAGCCUGACGAUGACGGUGGUAACAGAAUCAAAUGCUACGUAGUGGAAAUGCAAACCAAGAGCGAUGACAAAUGGACUGUGUGUUCUGAGAUAAGGGGAUUGAGAUCAACUAUUGAUGGGCUCUUAACAGGUGAGGAAUAUUCAUUUAGGAUUAGUGCAGUCAAUGAAACAGGCAAGAGUGAACCCAAGCUACUGGCAGAGGCUGUCGUAGUAAACGACGACACAAUGGAACCUAUCAUAGAUCUAAUGUGCAACUCAUUCAGUGUCAAGGCAGGAGACGAUCUGAAAAUCGAUGUUCCAUUUAGAGGCAGAACUGAACCUGAGGUUUCAUGGAAGAAAGAUGGUGUUGAAUUGAAGGAGACAACCAAGGUUAGCUUUCUUACAUCUAAUAACUCAUCAAAAAUCACUAUCAGAAACACAACGCGGGAGGAAUCGGGGAACUAUGAGAUCACCUUAACCAACACAGUUGGUAGAAAAUCAGCCAUAAUAGCUGUUACCAUCUUGGAUAAACCUGGCCCUCCUGGUGCAAUCAAGGUAGAUGAAGUCAACGCUGACUAUAUUUCACUGUCUUGGGAUCCCCCACUCUACGAUGGAGGAUGUCCAAUCAGCAACUACGUAGUAGAGAAGAGAGAUACUACCACUACAACAUGGAAGACUGUUUCAGCCACAGUUGCCAGAACAUCUAUUAAAGUUCCUCGUUUGACACAAGGCACUGAAUAUCAGUUCCGUAUUGCAGCUGAAAACCGCUACGGCGUCAGCCGUGCUGUGGAGUCCGCUUCAGUUGUUGCACAGUACCCCUUCGAGACACCUGGUCCUCCCACUACCCUCCAUGUUGCUCAAGCUACAAAGUCCUUCAUGUUGGUUACGUGGAAUGAACCGGCCAGUGACGGUGGAAGUCCAAUCAUCGGCUAUCACCUGGAAAUGAAGGACUAUAGCAGUAUUCGCUGGACAAAGACUAACAGAGGACGUCUCAUUGCUGAAACAGAAUUUAAAGUGAAUGGCGUUGAGGAAAGCUUGCAGUAUGAAUUCCGUGUUUCUGCUGAGAAUAUCGCUGGCGUUGGACCGUACAGCAAAGCCACUGAGCCUAUAGCUGCGAGAGAUCCAUGUGAUCCUCCUGCUAACCUUACAGUUACGGACAUCACAAGGACUUCAAUUUCUCUUACUUGGUCCAAGCCGGAGAAUGACGGUGGAGCCAAGGUGACUGGAUACAUUGUUGAACACAGGGAACUGCCAGAUGGUUGUUGGUUGAAGUGCAAUUUCACCAAUCUCCAGGAAACUUGCUAUGACAUCGAAGGCCUUACGGAGGAUAUUCAAUAUGACUUCCGUGUCAUUGCAAAGAACUCUGCUGGAGUACUCAGUGAGCCAUCACAAUGUACAGGUGGCAUCACAGUCAAGGAUAACGUGGUUCUACCUCGUAUUGUCUUGGAUAACAAGUAUAAGAAAUUAGUCAUUGUCAAAGCUGGAGAUGUUUUGAGAAUCGAUGCAGAUAUUUCUGGGUGCCCACGUCCAGUCAUUUCAUGGUCAAAGGAUGGUGAAAGGAUUGAGGUCAAGGCAAGAAUAGAGAUCACUUCAACACACGCUACCACCACAUUACUAGUCAGAGACACUAUUCGAAGAGACUCGGGUCAGUACACUGUAACAGUGCAGAACGUUGCUGGUACAAGAUCCCUGUCUGUAAACUGUAAGGUUCUUGACCGCCCUGGACCAUCCACUGGGCCAUUGGAUGUGACUGGUCUGACCGCAGAGAAAUGCACUUUGACCUGGGGACCACCUCAAGAAAAUGGUGGUGCAGAAAUCAUACGCUAUAUAGUUGAGAAAUGUGAAACCAGUCGUGUCACCUGGACUUCAGUAUAUGAAGACGUGAAGGCUACAACAUGCAAGGUCACCAGUCUGCGUAAAGGAAAUGAAUACAUCUUCAGAGUAAAGGCAGUGAAUGAAUAUGGAGAAGGCGAAGCCUUGGAGAGUGAGCCAACCAAGGCCACAGAUCCAUUCACUGUCCCCGCUGCACCAACAGAUGUUGAAAUCACCUGUGUAACAAGUGAGACGAUGACAAUCUGCUGGAAAAGACCUGAGUCCGAUGGAGGAAGCAGCAUUUCUGGCUAUGUUAUUGAAAAACGAGAGAAAUCUGGAUUGCGCUGGGUACAGGUGAACACAAAGCCUGUGAAUGACCUUAGGGUCAAGGCAUCCAAUCUCUGUGAGGGAUGUGAGUAUGAGUACAGAGUCUAUGCAGAAAAUGUUGCAGGCUUGAGUCCCCCAAGUAUUCCUUGCAAACUGACAAAAGCGGAGGAUCCACAAUUCCUGCCAUCACCACCAGCUAAACCCAAAGUCAUUGACUCAACCAAGACUUCUGUAACUCUUUCAUGGAAUAAGCCAUUGUUUGAUGGGGGAGCUGCUGUAACAGGAUACUGUGUUGAAUAUAAGAGAACAGAUGAAGAGGACUGGUGCGUCGGUGUUUCAAACACAGAGAACACUGAAUUCACUGUCGUUGGAUUGACAUCUGGAGCAGAAUAUGUAUUUGUUGUCAAAUCCAUCAACAAGAUUGGUGUCAGUGAGCCAAGCCUUCCUACUGAUCCACAAGCAGCUGAGGACAGAGAAGAGGAACCACAGUUUAAUAUCAGCAAUGAGAUGCGAAAGACUCUUCUUGUAAAGGACGGCAGUUCAUUCACCUUAACUGUGCCAUUCAGGGGCAAGCCUGUUCCUAACGUUAUGUGGGACAAGGCAGAUGUUGACCUGAGAGUUAGGGCCAGUAUUCAUACCACUGAUACCGUCACGUCUAUCACAGUGGAACAAGCAACAAGAGAUGACUCUGGAAAAUAUACAGUGACUUUACAAAACGUUGCUGGAAAAGUCACAUGUACAUUAAAUGUCAGGGUUCUUGACUCUCCUGGUCCACCGUGCCGUGUUGGGGUCAAGGAUGUUACUAAGAGCUCUGCAACAGUUGCCUGGGAUACCCCAGAAAACGAAGGUGGUGCUGCUGUCACCAACUACCUUGUUGAUAUUCGUGAGGUGAGCAACAAGGGAUGGACCAGAGUCACAGAUUCAUGUCCUCGUCUGACCUACAGAGUGUCAGACCUACAAGAGGGAGGAGUGUACUACUUCAGAGUCACUGGUGAAAACCAGUAUGGAAUCGGCUUGCCAGCUGAGACCAAACAUGGAGCAAUGAUUACAGACAAGAGUGACCCGAAGCCACUGGCCAAGCCAGUCAAGGACGACACAAUAGAACCCAUCAUAGAUCUAUUGAGCAACUCAUACAGUGUCAAGGCAGGAGACGACCUGAAGAUUGAUGUUCCGUUCAAGGGCAGACCUGAACCUGAGGUUUCAUGGAAGAAAGAUGGUGCUGAAUUGAAAGAGACAACAAGGGUUAGCUUUCUUACAUCUAAUAACUCAUCAAAAAUCACUAUCAGAAACACAACGCGGGAGGAAUCGGGGAACUAUGAGAUCACCUUAACCAACACAGUUGGUAGAAAAUCAGCCAUGAUAGCUGUUACCAUCUUGGAUAAACCUGGCCCUCCUGGUGCAAUCAAGGUAGAUGAAGUCAACGCUGACUAUAUUUCACUGUCUUGGGAUCCCCCACUCUACGAUGGAGGAUGUCCAAUCAGCAACUACGUAGUAGAGAAGAGAGAUACUACCAGUACAACAUGGAAGACUGUUUCAGCCACAGUUGCCAGAACAUCUAUUAAAGUUCCUCGUUUGACACAAGGCACUGAAUAUCAGUUCCGUAUUGCAGCUGAAAACCGCUACGGCGUCAGCCGUGCUGUAGAGUCCGCUUCAGUUGUUGCACAGUACCCCUUCGAGACACCUGGUCCUCCCACUACCCUCCAUGUUGCUCAAGCUACAAAGUCCUUCAUGUUGGUUACGUGGAAUGAACCGGCCAGUGACGGUGGAAGUCCAAUCAUCGGCUAUCACCUGGAAAUGAAGGACUAUAGCAGUAUUCGCUGGACAAAGACUAACAGAGGACGUCUCAUUGCUGAAACAGAAUUUAAAGUGAAUGGCGUUGAGGAAAGCUUGCAGUAUGAAUUCCGUGUUUCUGCUGAGAAUAUCGCUGGCGUUGGACCGUACAGCAAAGCCACUGAGCCUAUAGCUGCGAGAGAUCCAUGUGAUCCUCCUGCUAACCUUACAGUUACGGACAUCACAAGGACUUCAAUUUCUCUUACUUGGUCCAAGCCGGAGAAUGACGGUGGAGCCAAGGUGACUGGAUACAUUGUUGAACACAGGGAACUGCCAGAUGGUUGUUGGUUGAAGUGCAAUUUCACCAAUCUCCAGGAAACUUGCUAUGACAUCGAAGGCCUUACGGAGGAUAUUCAAUAUGACUUCCGUGUCAUUGCAAAGAACUCUGCUGGAGUACUCAGUGAGCCAUCACAAUGUACAGGUGGCAUCACAGUCAAGGAUAACGUGGUUCUACCUCGUAUUGUCUUGGAUAACAAGUAUAAGAAAUUAGUCAUUGUCAAAGCUGGAGAUGUUUUGAGAAUCGAUGCAGAUAUUUCUGGGUGCCCACGUCCAGUCAUUUCAUGGUCAAAGGAUGGUGAAAGGAUUGAGGUCAAGGCAAGAAUAGAGAUCACUUCAACACACGCUACCACCACAUUACUAGUCAGAGACACUAUUCGAAGAGACUCGGGUCAGUACACUGUAACAGUGCAGAACGUUGCUGGUACAAGAUCCCUGUCUGUAAACUGUAAGGUUCUUGACCGCCCUGGACCAUCCACUGGGCCAUUGGAUGUGACUGGUCUGACCGCAGAGAAAUGCACUUUGACCUGGGGACCACCUCAAGAAAAUGGUGGUGCAGAAAUUCUGCGCUAUAUAGUUGAGAAAUGUGAAACCAGUCGUGUCACCUGGACUUCAGUAUAUGAAGACGUGAAGGCUACAACAUGCAAGGUCACCAGUCUGCGUAAAGGAAAUGAAUACAUCUUCAGAGUAAAGGCAGUGAAUGAAUAUGGAGAAGGCGAAGCCUUGGAGAGUGAGCCAACCAAGGCCACAGAUCCAUUCACUGUCCCCGCUGCACCAACAGAUGUUGAAAUCACCUGUGUAACAAGUGAGACGAUGACAAUCUGCUGGAAAAGACCUGAGUCCGAUGGAGGAGGCAGCAUUUCUGGCUAUGUUAUUGAAAAACGAGAGAAAUCUGGAUUGCGCUGGGUACAGGUGAACACAAAGCCUGUGAAUGACCUUAGGGUCAAGGCAUCCAAUCUCUGUGAGGGAUGUGAGUAUGAGUACAGAGUCUAUGCAGAAAAUGUUGCAGGCUUGAGUCCCCCAAGUAUUCCUUGCAAACUGACAAAAGCGGAGGAUCCACAAUUCCUGCCAUCACCACCAGCUAAACCCAAAGUCAUUGACUCAACCAAGACUUCUGUAACUCUUUCAUGGAAUAAGCCAUUGUUUGAUGGGGGAGCUGCUGUAACAGGAUACUGUGUUGAAUAUAAGAGAACAGAUGAAGAGGACUGGUGCGUCGGUGUUUCAAACACAGAGAACACUGAAUUCACUGUCGUUGGAUUGACAUCUGGAGCAGAAUAUGUAUUUGUUGUCAAAUCCAUCAACAAGAUUGGUGUCAGUGAGCCAAGCCUUCCUACUGAUCCACAAGCAGCUGAGGACAGAGAAGAGGAACCACAGUUUAAUAUCAGCAAUGAGAUGCGAAAGACUCUUCUUGUAAAGGACGGCAGUUCAUUCACCUUAACUGUGCCAUUCAGGGGCAAGCCUGUUCCUAACGUUAUGUGGGACAAGGCAGAUGUUGACCUGAGAGUUAGGGCCAGUAUUCAUACCACUGAUACCGUCACGUCUAUCACAGUGGAACAAGCAACAAGAGAUGACUCUGGAAAAUAUACAGUGACUUUACAAAACGUUGCUGGAAAAGUCACAUGUACAUUAAAUGUCAGGGUUCUUGACUCUCCUGGUCCACCGUGCCGUGUUGGGGUCAAGGAUGUUACCAAGAGCUCUGCAACAGUUGCCUGGGAUACCCCAGAAAACGAAGGUGGUGCUGCUGUCACCAACUACCUUGUUGAUAUUCGUGAGGUGAGCAACAAGGGAUGGACCAGAGUCACAGAUUCAUGUCCUCGUCUGACCUACAGAGUGUCAGACCUACAAGAGGGAGGAGUGUACUACUUCAGAGUCACUGGUGAAAACCAGUAUGGAAUCGGCUUGCCAGCUGAGACCAAACAUGGAGCAAUGAUUACAGACAAGAGUGACCCGAAGCCACUGGCCAAGCCAGUAAAGGACGACACAAUAGAACCCAUCAUAGAUCUAUUGAGCAACUCAUACAGUGUCAAGGCAGGAGACGACCUGAAGAUUGAUGUUCCGUUCAAGGGCAGACCUGAACCUGAGGUUUCAUGGAAGAAAGAUGGUGUUGAAUUGAAGGAGACAACCAAGGUUAGCUUUCUUACAUCUAAUAACUCAUCAAAAAUCACUAUCAGAAACACAACGCGGGAGGAAUCGGGGAACUAUGAGAUCACCUUAACCAACACAGUUGGUAGAAAAUCAGCCAUAAUAGCUGUUACCAUCUUGGAUAAACCUGGCCCUCCUGGUGCAAUCAAGGUAGAUGAAGUCAACGCUGACUAUAUUUCACUGUCUUGGGAUCCCCCACUCUACGAUGGAGGAUGUCCAAUCAGCAACUACGUAGUAGAGAAGAGAGAUACUACCACUACAACAUGGAAGACUGUUUCAGCCACAGUUGCCAGAACAUCUAUUAAAGUUCCUCGUUUGACACAAGGCACUGAAUAUCAGUUCCGUAUUGCAGCUGAAAACCGCUACGGCGUCAGCCGUGCUGUGGAGUCCGCUUCAGUUGUUGCACAGUACCCCUUCGAGACACCUGGUCCUCCCACUACCCUCCAUGUUGCUCAAGCUACAAAGUCCUUCAUGUUGGUUACGUGGAAUGAACCGGCCAGUGAUGGUGGAAGUCCAAUCAUCGGCUAUCACCUGGAAAUGAAGGACUAUAGCAGUAUUCGCUGGACAAAGACUAAUAGAGGACGUCUCAUUGCUGAAACAGAAUUUAAAGUGAAUGGCGUUGAGGAAAGCUUGCAGUAUGAAUUCCGUGUUUCUGCUGAGAAUAUCGCUGGCGUUGGACCGUACAGCAAAGCCACUGAGCCUAUAGCUGCGAGAGAUCCAUGUGAUCCUCCUGCUAACCUUACAGUUACGGACAUCACAAGGACUUCAAUUUCUCUUACUUGGUCCAAGCCGGAGAAUGACGGUGGAGCCAAGGUGACUGGAUACAUUGUUGAACACAGGGAACUGCCAGAUGGUUGUUGGUUGAAGUGCAAUUUCACCAAUCUCCAGGAAACUUGCUAUGACAUCGAAGGCCUUACGGAGGAUAUUCAAUAUGACUUCCGUGUCAUUGCAAAGAACUCUGCUGGAGUACUCAGUGAGCCAUCACAAUGUACAGGUGGCAUCACAGUCAAGGAUAACGUGGUUCUACCUCGUAUUGUCUUGGAUAACAAGUAUAAGAAAUUAGUCAUUGUCAAAGCUGGAGAUGUUUUGAGAAUCGAUGCAGAUAUUUCUGGGUGCCCACGUCCAGUCAUUUCAUGGUCAAAGGAUGGUGAAAGGAUUGAGGUCAAGGCAAGAAUAGAGAUCACUUCAACACACGCUACCACCACAUUACUAGUCAGAGACACUAUUCGAAGAGACUCGGGUCAGUACACUGUAACAGUGCAGAACGUUGCUGGUACAAGAUCCCUGUCUGUAAACUGUAAGGUUCUUGACCGCCCUGGACCAUCCACUGGGCCAUUGGAUGUGACUGGUCUGACCGCAGAGAAAUGCACUUUGACCUGGGGACCACCUCAAGAAAAUGGUGGUGCAGAAAUCAUACGCUAUAUAGUUGAGAAAUGUGAAACCAGUCGUGUCACCUGGACUUCAGUAUAUGAAGACGUGAAGGCUACAACAUGCAAGGUCACCAGUCUGCGUAAAGGAAAUGAAUACAUCUUCAGAGUAAAGGCAGUGAAUGAAUAUGGAGAAGGCGAAGCCUUGGAGAGUGAGCCAACCAAGGCCACAGAUCCAUUCACUGUCCCCGCUGCACCAACAGAUGUUGAAAUCACCUGUGUAACAAGUGAGACGAUGACAAUCUGCUGGAAAAGACCUGAGUCCGAUGGAGGAAGCAGCAUUUCUGGCUAUGUUAUUGAAAAACGAGAGAAAUCUGGAUUGCGCUGGGUACAGGUGAACACAAAGCCUGUGAAUGACCUUAGGGUCAAGGCAUCCAAUCUCUGUGAGGGAUGUGAGUAUGAGUACAGAGUCUAUGCAGAAAAUGUUGCAGGCUUGAGUCCCCCAAGUAUUCCUUGCAAACUGACAAAAGCGGAGGAUCCACAAUUCCUGCCAUCACCACCAGCUAAACCCAAAGUCAUUGACUCAACCAAGACUUCUGUAACUCUUUCAUGGAAUAAGCCAUUGUUUGAUGGGGGAGCUGCUGUAACAGGAUACUGUGUUGAAUAUAAGAGAACAGAUGAAGAGGACUGGUGCGUCGGUGUUUCAAACACAGAGAACACUGAAUUCACUGUCGUUGGAUUGACAUCUGGAGCAGAAUAUGUAUUUGUUGUCAAAUCCAUCAACAAGAUUGGUGUCAGUGAGCCAAGCCUUCCUACUGAUCCACAAGCAGCUGAGGACAGAGAAGAGGAACCACAGUUUAAUAUCAGCAAUGAGAUGCGAAAGACUCUUCUUGUAAAGGACGGCAGUUCAUUCACCUUAACUGUGCCAUUCAGGGGCAAGCCUGUUCCUAACGUUAUGUGGGACAAGGCAGAUGUUGACCUGAGAGUUAGGGCCAGUAUUCAUACCACUGAUACCGUCACGUCUAUCACAGUGGAACAAGCAACAAGAGAUGACUCUGGAAAAUAUACAGUGACUUUACAAAACGUUGCUGGAAAAGUCACAUGUACAUUAAAUGUCAGGGUUCUUGACUCUCCUGGUCCACCGUGCCGUGUUGGGGUCAAGGAUGUUACCAAGAGCUCUGCAACAGUUGCCUGGGAUACCCCAGAAAACGAAGGUGGUGCUGCUGUCACCAACUACCUUGUUGAUAUUCGUGAGGUGAGCAACAAGGGAUGGACCAGAGUCACAGAUUCAUGUCCUCGUCUGACCUACAGAGUGUCAGACCUACAAGAGGGAGGAGUGUACUACUUCAGAGUCACUGGUGAAAACCAGUAUGGAAUCGGCUUGCCAGCUGAGACCAAAUAUGGAGCAAUGAUUACAGAAAAACCCAGCCCACCACAAACCAUCGAAGUCACCGAGAUCACCAAGGAAAGUGUGUCCCUGUCAUGGACCAAACCUGAGAAUGACGGCGGAAGCAGAAUCACCAGUUAUCGGGUCGACGCUCUCGAGAAGGGUCAGGAUAAAUGGGUGAAGUGUGGCGUCACCAAGACCGUCCACUUUGUGGUGUACGACCUGAAGGAAGCUACUCAGUACUUUUUCAGAGUUCGUGCUGAAAACCACGCUGGAUUCAGUGACCCUACUGAAAUGGCUCUCUCUGUGUUAGUUAAAGGGCAACUUGAACCUCCUGAGAUGAACAUGAACAAGUUCCCUGACAAUAUAGUCUACGUCAGAGCAGGAUCAAAUCUGAAAUGCCAGAUCCCACUUACCGGGAAACCUGCGCCAAAGAUUUCUCUUUCAAAGGACGAUGUUGUGUUGAAGUCAACGAUGAGAUUCAACUCUGAAGUAACUUCUGAAUAUCUUAUCAUCAGUCUUCGUGAGAGCACCGCUACUGAUUCGGGAAGGUACGACAUAUGUGCCUCCAACGCCAGCGGAGCUUCCAGGUCUUUUGUGACCAUUGUGGUCCUGGAUAGACCCAGCGCCCCAGUCGGUCCUAUUGGAAUGUCUGAAGUGACAGAGGACAGUGUGAGUCUGACUUGGCUUCCUCCUCGUUAUGACGGCGGAAGCCCCGUCACAAACUACAUAAUAAUGAAACGAGAAACGAGAAACGCCGACUGGACUGAAGUCUCCUCAGUCGUUGUGAAAUGCACAAUGAAAAUCAUGAAGCUCAUAACGGGACUGGAGUACCAGUUCAGGAUCAGGGCUGAAAAUCGCUACGGCAUCAGUGAGUACAUCGACUCUGCAACCGUCAAAGUGGAUCUUAACUACACCGUUCCCGAAGCUCCGUCACCUCCGAUCGUAACGUCUGUAACCGGAGAAAGCAUCACCGUCGCCUGGACGGAGCCGAACUGGAACGGAGGAAGACCAGUAGUCGGAUAUCAUCUUCAGAUGAAGGAUAAGAACAGCAUCCUGUGGCAGACGGUUAACAAAACCGUUAUCCGCGCCGCGCACUUCAAAGUGACGAACGUCAUCGUCGCUGGUCUCAUCUACGAGUUCAAGGUGGCAGCAGAAAACGCAGCUGGGUGCAGUCCCCUCAGCAAGAUCUCAGACGCUGUACUGGCGAUUGAUGCUUGCGAGCCUCCAACCAACGUCCGGAUCACUCACAUCAGAAAGUCUUCCAUCAGACUUGAAUGGUUGAAACCUUCUUACGACGGUGGUAGCAAGGUCACAGGUUACCUGAUUGAGAAGAAAGAGGGCGAAAGAGACAGGUGGACGAAGGUCAACCUCACCAACGUUUCUGACACACACUAUACGGUUACAGAGCUGAACGAGGGUGUGGUUUAUGAAUUCAGAGUCGCGGCGAAAAAUGCAGCUGGAUCGGUCAGCGAUCCGUCCGUCACUGCCGGCCCGGCGAUGUGUGUGGACACGGACGAUUAGAUUUGGGAGGUUUUAUAUAUUUUGUUGAAAUAGUUGAUUUGUGUUAAUUGUCAGAGGCUGUUCUUGUAUUGUCGUGAAAGUGGUUGAAGUCGUUAAAAUUACAGUUGGUUUUUCUUUAAAAGUUGAGAUAAAAAAAAUAAUAAUUAGUGUGGUUACUGAAAUAGCUAUAUUUUUUGAUUGGUAGAAGAUAUUUCUGUUUUGAUAGCUGAUUUUAAAUAGCAGAGAAGAUUUGAUGUGCUCCUAUUAUUGUCUGACUUGUUGUGGUCAAAAUAGUUGAUUUGUGUGUGAAAUCACAGUGUUUUUACAGUGGAUAAAAUGUUGGACGUUG